CUGUCUGAGCUGUGUAUGCAGUGGCUAGACAUUAGCAAAGCAGAGAAGGCUGUGUGUGGGGCAUCUGGCAGUGCUGUGCUGGAGGUCGGUUACAGUAAGUUGACAGUACUUGGCAGUUGACAGUGGUUCUACUAGCUAACAGAAGUUGUAGGAAACAGACUAAAAACAGACUGCAUCUCUCCGAGCGAGCUCCAUAUGCAGUAGAUAGAGAAGGCCACAGGGCAGGGGUAACAGUGUAGGACAAUUCUUAGGUUGACUGGAGGUAGACUGGGACCAAUAGUGCAAGUACUGCAGCCAUGCAACACCUGUUGUACCAGCCACUGUUUCUCAAUGGAAACAAAUGCCUGCAGCAGAAGUGGGACAAGGCCUCCUAUGAAAUGCAUCUGAGAAAGGUCAAAUCAGCGAAACCCACCAUCGACACAACUGCACCUAAAACCUAUCGUCACCUUGACCUCAAAAUUAAGAAACAAAAGUUUCAGGAGCAAAGCAUGUCCAAAAUUCAGAGGGAAAACAAUAUGCUGCUUGAGAAAAUAUCUCACAUCAUGAGUACUACUGGUCGCAUCGACAACAGGAACGACUAUGAAAACAAAAGUCUCUGCAGAGACAUGCAACAGCAGGAGUUGCUCCGUAUCACCAAAGAUAACCAGUUGAUCCUUCUUCGUCUGACCCAGUGCCAGCCUCACUACAGCAUUAAGGACUGGCAUGAGGACUGGCUCAAGACAAUCAAGCUCAUGGAGAGCAUUGCACGAUAUCCACGAAGAGUUAGUGACUAAAAGGGACAAGGCCAGGCCAGUAAUGAAGAGCAGCAACACUGAGACUGAAGAAAAGGACAGUCUUCAUGCGGAACAGAGCUCACACAGCAGCAUCACUCACAAUGGCAAAAGGGGAGUGUGGGGAAGAACCUGAUCAACAGGAAGAGGAGACGGGCCUGUAGGAAACACCAAACAAAGGUCCCACAUCUGAAAGUCCCCCAAUACCUGAACCCCCUCACACACCUGACACACCAGUCAAAGACUGAGAAUAGGUGUAAGCACAAGGACAUUAAGAAGGGGUGAAGUAAUUUGUGUAUUUGGUAGAUUAUUUACAUUUUCAAUGUCUCCAGAUGUUCUUUGAAAAUAUUUUACUGGCUUGUAGUAUUAAAGGAAUUUAUAACUUCUC